AUGGGUGGAGACAUAGAAGAGCAUUCCCAAACGACCACGAACUCAACACUUGGCUGGAAAAGUUUUGUCUUCCGUAUUUCGGAAUUCCAUGGGCAUCAAAAGAAGAAAAAAAUUGUGAUUCAUGUACCAAUUCACAAAAAGAUCGAGAAACAUGUCCAUACAGUUUACAAGCACAUACAUCAUCACCACAAACCAGUAGUUAUAAAAGAGGAAAAAGUUGUGCAUCAAGAACAUCAUCCAAUCGUGCAUGAAGAACAUAUUCAUCACCAUGAGGAAGAGCAUGAACAUUAUCCUCUACAUGAAGAAAAAGAACCAAUAAUUGAGGAGGAACAUAUACACCAUCAUCACAAUUAUGAUCAUAUAAUCAAAGAUGAACACAUCUAA